CCUACUGGAGUAAGGCACCUGUGAUGGGAAAAAAAAUGUUCUCCUAGUCCCAGGGGAAGUUUGAUUCUAAUUACUGGUGUGCUUUUUAAAGAACAACUGUCAAUACGAAGGACAAUGCACAGUGUGUGUCCUGAUGACAUUUUGUGUGCUGCAACAUGGCUCUUGUCAUGGCAUCCGAGACUGAAAAGGCCCACGCUCUUCUCCAGACUUUCAGCACAGCGUCGGUUCUUUCCAGUCUAGGUUUGGGGAUAUUCUGCUUUGUAGCAGACAGACUCCUGCAGUUUUCCUUCAUUCAGCAGAAUGACUGGCUAAGAGCCUUAUCUGAUAAUGCAGUGCAUGGCAUACUGGGGAUGUGGUCCUGGGCGAUAGUGAUUGGACUCAGGAAGAAAAGUGACUUCACUGAGGUCACCCUAGCUGGCUUUCUUGCCUCUGUCAUUGACGUGGACCACUUCUUUCUUGCUGGAUCUCUGUCAUUAAAGGCUGCUCUGACUCUUCCACGGAGACCACUUCUUCAUUGUUCUACUGUGAUUCCUGUGGUGGCUCUGACAUUAAAGUUUAUCAUGCAGCUUUUCAGGCUUAAGGACUCAUGGUGCUUUCUUCCCUGGAUGUUAUUCAUAUCCUGGACUUCUCAUCAUGUCCGUGAUGGGAUUCGUCAUGGCCUCUGGAUCUGCCCAUUUGGAAAAACUCCUCCCUUGCCAUAUUGGCUGUAUGUGGCAAUUACAGCAUCUUUACCUCAUCUGUGUUCAUUUAUUAUGUAUUUAACGGGCACUAGAGAAUUAAUGUCCAUAAAACAUGGAAUCCGCAUUGAUGUAUAGGAAUAAUGGCGUUUCAAGGUGGUUUGUGCAAGCACUUGAAGUAACCUGCCUGUCUGUCACUGAAGGGUUUCCUUGUGUUUCCUACACCUUCUGAAUUAGGCAUUUUAAAGUUGUGGAGCCAAUUACAGCUCUUGUGUCAAUUCCUUGUGGUCACAGAACCUAUUUAAUGAAUAAUAAUAAUUUUAUAUCUCUACAUUUCCCUUGUACAGUGUGUGGUCUUCCAUGAUAGUUCAUGCAUAGCAAGCUGAUUAUGAAGUAUUUAGUUUCUCUCUGUAGUAAUUACAUUGCAUUUUACUGUUAUGGUGCCAUUCAUUUGAUCACCAUUCACUUUGGAUUUGUAUUCUGCCUCUGGAGAAUACGUUUCAUCCAGAUAGUAUUUGUAUGGCACUUUAAAAAUUUGAAGUUCUAUAUAAAUGCUAGGUAUUAUUGAGGAUUUAAUAGUGUUUGGGAAUUCUAAAAAAAUCUCUGUUAGCCUUUCUAAUUUAUUAAUAUGUUAGGAGUCCUGCUGGAUUUUUGCAUUCAACCAUUUUAAAAGAAACACCGCCUCUAUUUCACACUGUCUGUCCACACCUCUUUGAACCUGUAAUCACAAAGUGUUUUACUAAAUUCUGUAUGUCCCUGUCAUUGCUUAAUACUAAAUUUGCAGAUAAUUACUAGCCUCAAAAUUAGAAAGGGGUAUACAGAUUGGUUAUAGUAUUAUGGUGUGUUGUCCAAUUUGUUUAAUUUUUAAAAAUACACUAAAUAUGAAUACUGUUUCAUUUGAAACCAAGGAAUUUUAUUUAAUAUUUAAGAAUUGUGUGAAGAUUCAGGGAGACUCAAGAAAAUAAAAUUUGCUUAUAACACAGGCUUGCUUAAAGAUAUUACUACUCAGUAAAACAUUUUCCAUUAAGUGCAAUAUCAUCCUCAUAAGUGUAAAAUAAAAUGCAUUAUAAUUAUUAUUAUUAUACUACAGAAAUAUAAAUUUCCUCAUAAAGAAGAUCCAUAAGGAAAAGUGUUAUUAUGCUGCAGUUUAUGAGGUAGUAAUUUGCACUAUGGACUAUUCAGUUUUUGUUUAUAGACAUCUCUCAGAAGGAGUCCCAAAUUAAAAGUUGUCUGGUCUUGUCUAACUAGACAAGACUGUCUAGACUUGUGCAGUUUAUAAUAUACAAGCUGAGAAUGUCUAUUAAUAAUUUUUAAAUUUUUUAUUCACUGCCCAUAAAAGAGAUGGGGCCUUAACUACUCCAGCUUGUGAUGAAUAGCUGUCAAAAGGGGAUCAUUUUUAUGGAACUGCAUGUAUAAGGUAGCAUGUGUUUAACUUAGGUUACCAAGGGGUGUAAGGGUUUAACAUGAUGUGUACAUUUACAUUAUUAAAUGUAUAUUAGAAUAAAGUUUAAAAAAAAUUAUUAAAUGGGAUGCUUGUUGUAAUAAGUACCAGAAACUUCCUGUGGCUGCAGAAUCCUUAAGGCUCUUUGAAGCAUUCUGUGCUAAUCAUGGAAAGUGUUGCACCUCUUUAAAAUGUGUCUUUGCAUCAAAAGAAUAGUCACUGUCCUGUCUGUUCUUCACGUUAGAAAUGUAUGCCAAUGCAAACUUGCCUGAUAGUACAGUGGGCCUGUCUGGCCUUUAUUAUAAAAUGAAUAAAAGGUUUCUUUGUUGGAAAGAAGAUUGUAAGAGCAAAAACCUCCUUAGAGGUUUAUCCUCAUGCUGUGAAUUUCUGUCCUUUAGAGUUUUCCAGAAACAGCAUAAGAAAUAUCUUGCUUUAGAGCUUCAGAUCAAAACUGGUUUUCAUCCAAAGGCAAGAUGGUUUACUAGAGGAGCAUUGCUCAUUCAUUUACUUUUAUCUUGUAUUUUAAAGUACAGGCUAUGAAAUGCCAAUAAUGAAUAAAUUUUGUGCAAGGGGGGAAGACUGAAACCUGUGUAGAAAAUUUUCUCUAUUCUUGUUUCAUGAUAUAAAGUUUGUAUAAUUUUGUGCUUUAUCCAGGUUUUUUUCAAAGGGAAAUGUAUAAUAGGAACAAGGUGUAGAAUUACACUUUCUCACUUUCAGACUGUAGCUGUAGUGUUUCUGGUAAUUAGGUCUACCCACAGUCCUUAAAAUCAGUACUGUACUGUUCUAGCUAUGUUUAAGCACCAUUUAAUGGGUACAUAUUCAGUAGUUUAAAACUAUGUAUUUUAAUUCUCUUUAAAACUACGAAUUUGAAUUCUCUUUGUGUCUAGGUAUUUCUGUGUGAGCAUUCACAGUAACUUUGAGCUGUAUUUCAAAACACCAUUUUUUCCGGCCGUGUUCUUACGCCAGUUCUACCACAACAAUAGGUGAACCCUUCAUGAACUC